AUGUCGAUUCCAGAGAUAGUUAACAAUGAUUUAGUUUCUUGGUCUAAAUCUGGUUUAAUUGGUUAUGUAGAUACGGAAUCUACUGAUGCCAACUUAUGCAUAACGCUAUUGGAAACGGUUAACGGAACAAAUUGGCGGUUGCGGCCCUCAAAAAGAUACGCCAUCCACCCUCACAUCGCCGAAUCAGGCAGUGCUGGAAGCUCCUCAAGCUUGUCCAAUGGGAACAUCGGAAGCGGUACUUCAAAGACGUUCAACAAUAUAAGCUCCAUUUACUGGAACAACAGCGCGGGUAACAAUGGAGAGCUGCUUGCAAUUUGCGACGAGGCUGGAAAUCUGUCCGUGGUGGCAGCAGGACAGACUGCUGCUGGUGCGGGUACUCUUGAUAAUUUGGCUGUACUAUUCCAAGAUAAUGGCUACAAGAUCCACAAUCAAUUGGCGCCCUUGCUGCCCGUUAAUGAUGGGUCAAAAAUCAGCCGAAAACUGUCCAAAAAGGAAACACAUACGGCAAUAAUAAAGUUCAUGUGGCUAGGGUCAUCGUCACCAUCGUUCUCACUUCUUAACGCACGCCGAGACAUGUCAAAGUCAAUUAUAAAAAGUCAAGUCCAGCAAUUCAAACCCCUUGGCAUUUUUUACCCAACUUCUGUCAAGUCUGCGUGCUUAGGGCUGCGGAGAGGUGGCCAAUUAGACUUCUGGUAUCAAUUUUCCAAUUCCAAAGACUACAAAAAGAUCUCACUACAACUUAACAAUACGCAGGAACACAGAACAAAGCAGUUUGAUUGGAUUCAGACUGCACAAUUUGCUCAUACAGAUGAGGAUCAAGCACUAAUUGUGGGGGCAUACUCAAAAAUUUCCAAAAAAGUGUCAUUUUUCAAACUUUCGGUCAACUGGAACAUUACUACGCAGAAUAUUACCGCCGACCCCGAGCUUCGAUUAGAGCAGAUAUUGGAGAUAAGCCCAAAAGACAUGACAACGAAGGGGGAAGUUUUGGAGCUUCAGAGCUUUGAAAUGUUAUCCGCCUUUGAAAGGUCCCCCGAUGUUGAAGUUGUUUUAUGCUACGACGUUAUUGGAAUGUCUCGUUCUAUCCUUAAACGCUACAGGAUUAUCAAGUCUGCACCAUCAUUAGAAUUAUGCUCUAUCUUGGGCUCGCCGAAUCUAAAUUCGCAAUCUCUACCAUUGUGCGAAUAUGUAUUUACUGAAGUGGAUACACUGAGAAUGGAUGCUAACGUUUAUUCUCUUGAACUUCAUGGACACGAAACUACAAUUUUGACCAGAUUGACAAAUGGCCAUACAAAGAUUUAUGAUCGAAGAACGUGGAAGGUGGAGAACUCCUUAGCAAUUGAAAAUAGUAGUGAAAUUUUAACAUCCCCAUUUUGCACUGGGGUUGUCUUUCCAAAGACUCUACCUUCUAGCGCACUUCGUUGGUCCUGUGUCUCUCCGUCACUUGGUGGUAUUCUUUCGAAAGUUAGAAACAAGGAGAAUAUUCGAUUUGAUCCCAUCGAAGCACCUAUCAAAGAACUGGCCGAGGCAGACGUACCAAUUGCAUUAGCCUUUGCAUACGCAUUUGUUUGUUCAAAUCAUUUACAGACUUCCAGUGAAGACCUUACUAUUGCAAUCAAAACGCACCUACUGAAAAUCUCUGAGAUAAGUGAAGCUCGGAGCGAGAAGUUUCUAAAGAUCCUGAUCAGUGCUAUCUAUCAGCUGUUCGGGGUCACGCCAGAAGCUUCAAAAGAACUGAAGGAUAAAUUAGUUAUGAGCCGUUCCAUUCAGAGAGCUAUGCUCUUGCAGACAGAACUCAGCUGCAGUUUCACCAACAAUAACAUAUACAACAUGGCACGAACGGCGCUUUCUUUGAGAAACAUUCUUUUUGCCUUUAACGGUGUUUCCAGAAACAUACAAGUCUUGAUUCACCACAGCGCAACUAUGAAUUUCCAACAACCAAACGGAAAGCUGUUUCAAUUUGCAUUUUCCAAGCAAGACUUGAUAUAUUCAUUGAUCCCAUGCGCUAAAUGGUUUGUACGACUACUAACGUUUCUCACCCAGCAGAUGAUUGUCCUGGUGAACUCGCCCAAUGAUAAAGAGAAUACUCUGGUGCUUGGUAUUUGCAGUUCUAAGAUUACUAGACAACUUCUGUUAUCGAUAUUGACCGAGAUAAAAAAAGUAAUUCAUCUCGUUACCAAAUUUCCAGAGACUUCUUUCCCGAUACUCAAUGAAUCAUCGAUCUAUCUACGCAAGGUGCUAGGCGAUUCUCCAGUCAAUUUUGAGAAGUUCGAAACGUUUUUGGCCGACGUAAAUAACAAAUUUUCAUCUUUGGGAGAAUCGCCUUCUCUUGGGAAUAACGCAAAGGACUCAUAUUUGAUGUUAGAAGGCGAUGUGUCACCAGAAGUGUCUCAACUUAAGGAAUUUCUGCUGUCCUAUUCUAAUACAGCUGUUUUAUCACACAUAAAGCCGGCCGAUGUCUACUUUUCAGACACUCGCGGGCUGCGCAUUUUCUCGUCAGAUAUUUUCCCAGAGUCUCUAUGCAAGCUUCUUCAACCGUUGAAGAAUGGCCUCGUUCUAGGCCCCGACGUUCUUUCUGAAGACACUACCUCUCUUUCUCUCUGCGUCAUUGAGAGUGACGAUAUUUCAAAAGAACCAAUUAUUUCCGGAAAACACAAACUAAAAAGAUGCUGUAGAUGUGGCGCUGUCACGCGCGCUGGCUACCCAGUAACGAAAGAUAGUACUAUUGUUCCUACGAGUGUCACUACGAAGCGCUGGACUAGUUUGUACCUGAAAAUUUGUUUUUGCUCCGGGCUACUAUACGAGUUCGAUCCAUGA